CUUGGUUUCACUUCGUUCUCAUCACUGUUUCACUCUUCAUCUUCAUUAAGAAUUUUCAUCUUCAUCCUUUUCUCCUUUCUUUGUAUUCUCACCAUAUACCCAUUAUCAUUCGACCAUUCUUGACUUCUUCCCCUUUUGCUUACCCAGAUACCCACCUAGACUUAUUCUCACUUCUACCGCUUUCACCAACAUGGGCCUCUUCAAGAAGUCCGACGACGGAGACGAUGACUCGGGCCGUCGAGCCCUCUUUGGCUCUCGCUCCAAGAACAAGAGCCCUGCCCCUCCCGCGAACCCCUACGCCAAACCCAUCCCCAUCGAUCCGUACACCCGAGCCAAGAUGUAUACCGGUGUCGCCGCUCUUCCCGCCGAUGAGAAACAGCUUGGUGCCAACAACCUGAAGUCGUCGAUCAGUGCCCCUUCGCCUGGACCACCCGCUGGUGGGGACAUCCCCGGCGACAACAAGUCUCAAGCGGGCGGCUAUGCGCCGAAUAGCUAUGGCAACCAGGGCGGAUAUGGCGGCAACCAGUACGGUGGCGGUGCGUCAUCGGCCUCGAAAUACGGACCCGGCGGUUACGGAGGCUUGGGCGCCGUCGACCCCAACGACCCCGGCGCGGGCGAUUCCAACCGAGACGCACUUUUUGGCGGUGCCCGGGAGCGCGUACAGCAGCAACAGCCGAAUGGCGGAGGUCCUCCGCCCCCAUACACCGAGGGCUCUCCCGCCUACGGGGGCGGCAGCAAUGCGUACAGCACAUCCACCUACCAGGAAAGAACCAUGACGGCGGAGGAGGAGGAAGAGGAGGAGAUUCAGACCGUCAAGCAGGACAUUCGGUUUAUCAAGCAGGGCGAUGUGGCCUCGACUCGCAACGCCUUGCGGGUGGCCGCGCAGGCUGAAGAGACCGGACGGGAGACUCUCGCCCGUCUCGGUGCCCAGGGAGAGCGCAUCCACGAUACGGAGAAGAACCUCGACAUUGCGACGGUUGAGGGUCGGAUCGCGGAAGAGAAGGCUAAAGAGCUGAAGACGCUGAAUAAGAGCAUGUUCGCCGUGCACGUGGCGAACCCGUUCACCAGUGCCCGACGCCGACGUGACCGGGACGAGAAGAUCUUGAACACCCACCGGGAGGAACGAGAUCUUCGAGAUGGAACCCGGAAGGAAGCAUUCAACACCGGCCAGCGGAUGGAGCGAACAUUCCGGGACAUUGACAAGGAGGCGGGCAAGCCGCAGACCCGCAAGCGCACCAACGUCACCGAGCGCGCCAAGUACCAGUUCGAGGCGGACAGCGAUGACGAACGGAUGGAGGAUGAGAUCGAGCAGAACUUGGAUUUGCUGGGCGGCGCAGCCGGCCGAUUGAACGGAUUGGCUCGCGCUACUGGCAAGGAGCUGGACGAGCAGAACCGCAACCUGGGACGCAUCACGGGCAAGAGCGACUACGUCGACGACCAGAUCGCCAUGAACCGGGCCAAGCUGGACCGGAUUCGUUAAGCCCUCUACAGCCGAGUCCGCAUAUGGAUUGGAUUGGUCAUGGAAGGAGUCGGGUUGCGGACUGCCUGGUGCUGUCAAACCCUUGCCGCGUUGUGGCUCUCAUUAUACUGUGCAUAAUUGUUCUACUGUCACAUUUGGGCGUCUUAAUUUUUUUCCCACUUAUAAUAAAACUCUGCUAUUAUUCUUGCGGGGGUAGUAAUCUUGGGGUAAUAGAAUACGUGUG